UGUAACCUUUCGGUCCGGAAGUAAACACUGUAAACACCUAAGUUCAAAACAGAUGGUGAUUGAAGCAGUGGCAAUCAGUUUGAUGCUUUGCAAUCAGUUGGAUGCUUUGUAACCUCAUUGCCAGCAGUCAUGACUUUGGCACGUAUCUGGACCGUGGUUUCCACCAACUGGCUUAGAGAGAGCCUUAACAGUCAGGUCAACGGCAAAGUCUCCCGGAAGCUCCGGGUACUCGACACUUCGUUCCUCUUCGAUCCUGAUGUGGACACAUACAAAGAAUGCUACAAACAGGGUCACAUUCCUCAGUCGCUCCAUUUCAACAUGUACCGCUGCGUCAAUCGCACACCAGAGCGGCCUGUCAACCUGCCAGAUAUCAACUGUUUCACGGACUAUGCCCAGGAGCUGGGCAUCUGGCCUGACACCCAUGUGAUCACAUACGACAGGUUUGGGCCCGCCCCCGCCUACAGGACCUGGUGGCUUUUCAGGACAUUCGGUCACAAGAACAUCUCCAUACUAGAUGGUGGUCUGCGGAAAUGGCUAGAGGAUGGGCAUGAGGUCACCACAGAGGAAACAGCAGUAGAGAGAUCAAACUUUGAGGCCAAAUUGGACAAGAAUCUCUUGCGUAGCUAUGAGGAUGUCCUGGAGAACUUGAAAUCUCGCCGAGAACAGUUGGUGGACGCCCGCAAUCCUGCAGGGGAUUCUUGUACUAGCAGUGAAAAUUAUGGAGGUGUUAUACCAGGGGCUAAGCACAUCGUAUUUGAACAGCUGUUCACUGAGAAUGGGACAAUCAAGUCAGAUAGGGAACUCAAAGAAUUGUUUGACAGUGCGGGUGUGGAUCUGGGUCAGCCAAUCACGGCCUCCUGUCUACGCGGUCUGACUGCUUGCGGUGUGGCAGCGGCGGCACAUAUCCUUGGCAAAGAACACGUGCCUGUCUAUGCUGGUUCCUGGUGGGAGUACAGCAGACGUGCACCUGAUGACCUCAAGGCCCUGGCAAAGAAAGCCUCUUGACCUUGCAGUCUCAUAGGAGAAUUUUCGCAUACCGCAAUACUGCAGAAGGAAAUCGACUUGUGAAGAGGAAAACUAAAUUUAAAUGCCUUGUUAUAAAAGCACAAAAAAUAAAUUUGAUGUGCUCAAGAAAAAGUUGUUAAUGGGUUCAUAGUAAGAACUUUACGGUUCAUCUAAUAUACAGAUCAGCCCUAGUGCCAUCACAGAUCGGAACCUGUAUUCACAAAGUGUCUUUAGUAAUUUGAAUUGUAUGAUAUUUUGUCAUUGGAGUCAGUUUUGAUGUAAAAUUUAAGAUGUUGAACACAUUUUGACUAACAAAUAGGUCUAGACUUAUUUAAGCUAGUAAUAGCUAGUAAUGUAAUUAUGUACUGAUGUCAGAUGUUAAUGGAUUAUUGUGGUGGCAGUAACUAUAUGUUAUUCUACACUUCAUAUUAUAAUAUCAUUAUUGGUUGUACUCAAGAGAUUGAUAACAUUUUUGAUUUCCAAUUUUAUUAUGUAAGUGAUUGAUCAUGGUGUUUCUUGUGUGCUGUGUGUUUUAAACAUAUGAUUGUGUGGCUCUUUAAUGCAUGCAGCCAUUGUAAAUGUAACAAACCCAUAGAUAUACAGUAUUUAUGUUUACAUUUUAACAUAUAAUUUGUUAAAUGUAUAAUGUGGAAUGUUGAUUUAUAUAUUAUUAUAUGUUUUUUACUUGUUCAAUUAAUAUUGAUAAUCUUGGUAGAAUUCAAUAUUAUUUGGAUGCACAGUUGUUUUUGUUAAUGGACAAUCACUCAGAUUUCUAAAAAAGGUUAAUAAACUUAUCAUAAAAAUUUGGAAUUAGUGCUUCAUAAAUAAUAUUCAUGCACAUUUCUGUUAAAUAAAAUUGUUCAAGACAGGGAGAUAUAUGUCUAUAAGUGUUGUAUGUUAUACUAAAUUGCUCAACAAGUCUUCCAAAUUAACAUUUGAGGGGAUUUAAAGAUUUGAUCACAUUUUUAGCUGAACUGUGCCUGGAAUACUCAUUGAGCUAUUGCAUAUAUAAAACUUCUUUUAUAUCUUUGGUUGUUUGUGUACUGCUGACUAUUUUAUCACCAUAAGGAAUCGUUCAUGUUUCAAAUGUUAAUUUGUUAUUUUAUAUGAACAAAAUAUCUUCUGAAUUGAUGCAUGAUAAAAUAAAACUAGAAACUUCAGUUACGAUCCAAAAAAUAAUUUGGCCACAAAUCUCUUGCUUCUGGUUAUUUAUGGUGGACAAUUAAGGCUGCAUCAUGCGAAAAUUGGUCUUAUGCCAUAUGCACCCAGCAAAGGUUCAAACCAUCCUGCACAUCCGGGAAGUCUCAUCAUGAGCUACCCUGUUGACUAACGAGAAAUCUUGCUUUACAGACUUGAUAGCUCUUGGCCUUGAACUAUGCUGGCAGCAUAUGACCCAUUUUUGCAUGACAUGGCUCACAUUAUUUUUGAAAAGAGCAGUUUAAAAGAAAAUUUCCUCCAAAAAUAUUUUAAAUGUUCCCAGUACUAGGCUGAACCCUUUGCUUUAUAUUGAAAACAUUGCAGACAUUUUUUGUCACAAAACAUAAUUUUUAGAUUUUUUUAUGUCUAUUUAAAUAAUAGACUUUCCGUCCGGAGCCAUAUCUUGGAAGUGCUUUGACGGAUUUCAUAGAAACUUGGUAUGAGUAUGUAUAUGGAUAAAAGGAUGAUGCGCGCCAAAUGGCAUUGUACACCAUCAGUUAAUAACGGAGUUAUGGCCCUUUGUAUCUUGAAAAAAAAAUUCUUUUUGUGUGUCCGGAGCCAUAUCUUGGAAGUGCUUUGGCUGAUUUCAUUGAAACUUGGUAUGAGUAUAUAUACAUAAGGAUAAGAGGAUGAUGCAUGCCAAAUGGCAUUGUACACCAUUUGUUAAUAACGGAGUUAUGGCCCUUUGUAUCUUGAAAAAUGCUUUUUUGAGUGUCAAAUAUAACAUUUUUGUGUCCAGAAGCAUAUUGGUGGGGAAUAUCAAUUCAACGAAUUUGCUUGUUAGCCUGGUGAUACCAUCUACCAGUAUAUUUAGCUUUUGUCCUCAAGUAUGCAUUCUUUUAGUAAUAAAUAAAAGAAACUACUUCAGAUUGACAUACCUUUACCCUUUUCAUACUUGAAUAAACAUUUAAAUGUAUUUUUUAGUGCAUAUUUGCUCUGAUUUCAACUGCAUUCUACAUGUGGUGUUUUAUUUGUUAUGAAGGUACCAUCUACCAAUAUAUUAAUGCAUGGAUGUUUGUUAGAAUAAACUUCAGUUUUUGCAUGAGGUUAACUGACAAGAGUAAAGAGUAAUUGAAUAAAAUACAUAGUGGUUUAUAGUUUACUUCACGUAUUUAUAAAUAAUUUAGGUAUUUUUAUAAUAAAUAUAAUUUUUCAUUUUAUAAAAAAGAGCAAAUUUUAAUAAUAACCAAAAAAAUUAUCCACCCUAAAGUAAGUGUUUUGAAUCACUUUUUAUCAUACUGUCUUUUGUUGUUUGAAUUUGGUGAUGAUAGAGAGCUGAAAAUGAAGAACUUAAAGACAAUAAAAAACAUGCACUUUUUUUCCACAGUCCAUGUAUAGGUAUAAAGUUUAAGCCAGUAACAUGUGGAUAAUUGGAAAUAUAUAGCUUUAGUUUUCAAAUGUCAUCAGCAAUGACUUGAAAUGUGGCUGUGCAAUAUUGUCACUGCGAAAAAAGUGUACCAAAAGUUGAAAUUUUCAUCUAAAUCCUUAUAUAACAUAUAAGACUCUGAAAUAUAUUUUGACCAUAACCUCAUAUUUAAAAACAUACUAACUUUAGGAAGGCCAUUUAUUGAUGUUGUAUACAGUGAGAUAAUAUUGGUUAACGCUUAAGCCAAAAAAUAAAACGUAAAUUAGCAUUUAUAUGGCAUGUUUGGGAUACCAUUGGUAGAUGGUAUCAUUGGUAGAUGGUAUCAUUGGUAGAUGGUAUAAUUGGUAGAUGGUAUCAUUGGUAGAUGGUAUCCACCAGUAGUACUUGAAGCAUAGUUUAUAGUCAAUUACAGAUUUCCAGGUGCAAGCAUUUUAUCUGUGAUAUAUAUUAGUGAUACAAUAAAUAAGAUAAACAUUGCAACUUUUCUUAAACAUGUUUACCAAGAUUUGUUGUACAGAAGGAGAAAGAAAAUUCACUACAAUUAAAUGUGUUCAUGUAUAAUGUAAACAUAGAUUAAUGCCAUAUUUUGGGUUAUUUACGUGCCAUAAUUAUUUAAAUAGCUAUGUUUGUAGGUAAUUUUGUAUUCAGUUGUUUCAAUUUUCUCAAACAAAACAUCAAAACUGUGUACUUUCCAUUAUACACUGUAAAAGUGUUUUAUGAUGAACACUGGUCUAUUAAAAUUCGAAAUUUAAAA